AAAAGUAGCGAUGGUGGUGGUGGUGAUAUGGUAGUAGCUUGUUGACAAUCAGGUUAAUGUGAAAUUCUUUCAGUUUCAUGUUGUGGUUGUUAUUUUACGUUUUAAACAAGCUAUGAAAUUUACAGUGUAACAUAUUUAAAAGAGUGUAUUGUCUUUACAGAUUAGAUUACUUAAACACAUAAGAUACAGUAAAGAAUAAUAAUAAACGGAAUAUUCAAGAUGUAUACUUUUGAUAUGUAUUAAUGUAGUCAGUUUAGCUAACAUUUUGCAGUAUAGUACACUAUAGAUUAUACUAAUGAUGCUCGUGUUUAUUCACUGAUAAAGAAAUCGAUUCAAUGAGUAAUAAAUUUCUUCUACCAUUUUCAAAAUCAAUCCAUGUCUCCUAUCUAAAUGAAAGUGUAUCAUAAAUAAAGUGAACUUAUUGGAUUUUAUCUAUAUUGAUUAUUAACAAUUACUAUUCAGUAGAACAAACAUUAAAUUGAAGUUUUAAAAAAGAGAAGAAAAAAAACAGAAGAAAGAAAGAAUGUUCCAGAAAUUCAGCAUGCUUUUAUUUAUUAUAUUGUGUUGUAAUGAACUUUUCAUUGGAAAAUAUUAUCAUUUAUCAGGUAUAUUUGCUAUGAAUAAUGUUAAACCAAGGUAUACUACAAAACCAUUCAAUUUGUACACGUCAAGUAUACAAUCAGAAAAAUCGAUUAAUCAUGAUAUUCCCAAUAAUAAUAAUAAUAAUAAUAAUAAUAAUAAUAAUAAUAAUAAUAAUAAUAAUAAUAAUAAUAUACAAACAAUGACAAAGUCAACAGUCUAUGAUGAACAACAAUCACAAUUGACAACAUCAAAAAAGUAUUUUCAUCAAAAUAUAUCUAAUCGAAGUAUUGAUCAUCAUUUUAAACUGAAUAAUUAUCAAGUUGGCGGUUAUGGAUUAGUAUCAUCAGGUGAGAAGCAUAUCAAUUUACAAUCAUUAUCGUAUACAACAAAAUCACCAUUGAAUAUUGAUAAAAAUUUAUCAAUUCAAACAAAUUCAAUCAUGUCAACAAUUGAUCAUAAUAAUAAUAAUAAUAAUAAUAAUGAAAAUAAGAAAGAAACAUUCAUAUGGCCAAAUUCUAUAGGAUCAGAAGAAUAUAGUAAAAUUAAUAUGCGUAUUAUGGGUCAAUCAAUUGAUCCUAGUGUAGUGAAUCAUUUACAUCCAGAUGUAUCACCGCAUAAAGUUAAAAAAUUACGUAAAAUUUUAUCAAAUAGUUUAGAUAAAGAUUGGACAUCAGAAACUCCACCAAGAGUAUUAAGACAACGUGGUAUAUCUAAUUCAUUACUAAUAAAUAAUGAAGAAAAUAUCUCAUUAUUAGAUAUAAAAUUAAUAAAAGAGAUAAAAGAAUUAAAUUUUACAUUUCGUAAUUCAUAUGGUGUAUAUUUUACAUUAAAUGAUGAACAAAUUCAACCAUAUAAAUUUUGGUUAUUAGAAAAAGCUACUUGUGAAAUGGAUUUUAUAUGGGAAGAUUUAGGUCCAUUAUUUUGGCCAAGAUGGAUACGUAGAGGUGUAUGCCUUAAUCGUCCUGGUUAUUCAUGUUCAUGGCCAUCAGGUAUGAAAUGUCGACCAUCAGGAUCACGUGCAUUACAAUUAUUACAUUGGAAAUGUGAAGAUAUUGGACAAAUUAAAUCAAGAGAAUAUGCUGCUGAUCAACGUAUACGUCGUCGUGUAUCAAUGAAUACAUUUCAUUCAGGUUUUUAUGAAAUGGAACCUGUAAUAGAUAAUAAUAAUAAUGGGAUUAAACAAAAACGUGAUAUAUAUGCACGUUUAAGUCUUAGAGAUAAUUCUCUACAAUUAUCUAAUACUUAUCGAAAAUUACAAGCACGUAAUCUUGGUAAUUCAUAUUAUAAUAUGAAAAAUUCAUGGACAAGUAUAAAAUCAUCUGAAUUACUACCAUCAUCAUCAUCAUCUUCUUCGUCACCUUCAUCGUCAUCAAUAAACAUUGAUAUAAAUACUAAAGAUGAAAAACGUCGACGUCGAGCAAGACGUUUAAUUAAACGAUUAAGUAUCACUGCCAAUGGAUAUCAUUGUUAUUGGCAAGUACAAAAAUAUUUAAUCAGUGAUCGUUGCUCGUGUUCUUGUUCAUAA